AGGUUUCCGUUCUGUUUGUCUCACCCUGAUUUUGUUGGAACAAUAGUAAUAUAGCAACAUCGAUUUAGGUUUUCUUCCUUCUUUCAUCGAUUCAAGACAACAACAGUGUUUUGUUUUUUUAGGUGGCUCGCUCUUUUGGUUUUGUUGUGGACGUGAAGGCUUCCUUCAACAGCAAUUUUCGGUGCCUUAUUUCCAAUUUCUAAUGUGCAAAAUUUAGCAUCAUUUAAUGAUUCUACCACCUACUCUCUUUUUUGUGCUUUCUUAGUCUACCUGAUCCCAAUUAUUAUUUAUUUAUUGAAACUCACAUCUGUGUUUGUUCCAAGACUUCAUCUUUUACAUCAUCAUAAUUGUAAUCAUUGGACUUUUGGAUUUAUUGGAUCCAAUCAUUCCUUGGUACUUCUUUGGGUACCUUCUAUUUUCAAUACCAGCAAUCAGUGGCCGUGGCAGAUUUACAAUUCACAUACCUUCAGGAUCCUAUCAUUUCACUGUUGAUUUGUUCAGACCGUAUAUUUGCUGGGACCCUAAUAAAUCUUCAGUUUCGUAAUCUCCUGGGAAAUACGCAACCACACAUAAUUUUGAAGUUGCCAUUUUAGUAAUUGUUGGGUUUUGUAUGUAUGAUUUGGGAGUGGUUAUGCCUGUGGGAAUGGAUAUUCCUCCUCCUUUUAGUGUGAUAGAGGACAAAGACAGUGCAUUUACAAUGGAAGAUGAUAAAUCGGGAGAUUUGGAUAAUCUAAAACCAAUAGUCAAGGGUAAGCCUCCCAGGCAUGUUUCGAGUUUGAGGCACAGCGUUAGCUCCACCAGAUUGAUGGCAGUAGCAGAUUUGAGUUUGGAUGUGGGGGUUACUGGAAAGUCAUCUUCUGAAGAAAAGACGGAAUUUCUACCAAUAUUUCGGUCAGGAAGUUGUGCUGAAAGAGGACCCAAACAGUAUAUGGAAGACGAACACGUAUGCAUUGAUGAUCUUAUUCAGCAUAUAGGUCCCGCCUCAACUAUUCCUUUACCUGGAGCUUUUUAUGGGGUGUUUGAUGGCCAUGGAGGUACAGACGCAGCUUUGUUCAUAAGAAAUAACAUCCUCAAAUUCAUAGUUGAGGACUCCCAUUUUCCAACUUGCGUGGGGCACGCAAUUACAAGUGCGUUUCUGAAAGCAGAUUAUGCAUUUGCAGAUUCAAGUUCUCUUGAUAUCUCCUCUGGGACCACUGCUUUAACUGCUCUUGUAUCCGGAAGGUAAUCAAUUUCGAUUAUGAUCAUAUUAAUUAUUUAAUAUCAAUGAUUCUGUAUCAGUUCACUGAUGAUGGCAAGCAUUAGUUGCCUUCC